AUGAAAGCAAAAUUGUUAAAAGACUUGGUUGUAUUAAGAAAAGAGUUUCAGCAAUGGGAUCGAGUACUUACAUGGAGUGAAGAUGGGACUUUAUACUUUAGUACUAUUCCAGAAUUUACCGUUGGCCAACCUUUAUACAGUAAAGAUAUAAAACGGUCAAGUAAAGAUUUAUUUCAUUUAACAAGCAUUGACUUUCCAAUAAUGGAUAAUAAAUUAGAAUUUGAAGAUUCUAAAGAUAAUAUUCUGUUAAAUUCUCAACCACAGUCUUAUAUCAGAAUGUGCAAACCUUGCCCUUACAAUAGCAGUUUAAUUGCUGCAAUAACAAAUAAUGGAAACAUUAUUAUUUAUCAUGAUUAUAAACCAAUUUUGAACAUGGAUCAAGAAGGAAGAAAUUUACAAGAGAGAACAUAUCAUAGUUUCGCAUGGGAUGUAAAGGGAAAUACUCUAGCAGUUGGGAAUGAGUCAAGUGAGUUAAUUCUAUUUUCAAUUGAUUAUUCCACAAAUACAUAUUCUUCUAAGACAGUGAAGCUUAGUGACGGUAAUGGGUGGAUUACAAAAAUAGUCUGGAAUAAUUUUGGUCUCAUUGCAGCAUCUUCGGAUAAUACUGUGUAUUUUAUGCAGGAUUUAGAUAAACAAGAGCCUAUCUCUACAAUAAUAUUACCUUCUUCAAGAUUCAAAAUAAACGAUCUUUUACUCAUGAAAAAAACAGUUUUUGUCUCUGUAUGCGGUAAUAUUUUCAAGAUUAAUAUUUCCACUGGCCAGAGAAUAAAUGUUGCAGUAGACCCAACUUGUGAAUAUCUAUUUAUACCAUUAUAUAUGAAUAAUGAAGUGAUUUUAUUAUCUAAUAAAGCCAGUCAUAUUGUUAAACUUUUAGAUGAUGAUAUUAUAUUACACCCAGAUAACAUAGUAUUUCCAUACCUGAAAAAAAAACGUCAAAAGUGGCAAGAUCUUGGAAAUCAAUAUAACAAAUAUGAAAUAGACCUUUCUAUCUAUGGACUGGCCCUAUCAUUGGAUCAAUAUUCUGUUGCUAUAGCCUAUAGUAUUCAAAGAGUCAGUUUUAAGUAUAAAAUUAUGUCAGAGAAUAAAUUUAAUGUUAUGUUUAUUCCACUUUAUGAAAGUUGGAGUUUAUCUUCAAAAGGUUCUGGGAUGUUAUGGUUUCAAACAUAUAAUAUAUAUGGAAAACAGUUACCAGUCACACCUAACAAUUCAGUAAAUACCACUGAAGAUAAUAAUAUUGAUACUGAUCUCGAAUUUGUCGAUUACUUAAAUAUGUUGGUUAAAACAUCUGCAAUUAUCAAAAGGAUGUUUCAAAAUAUGAUUGACCCAGAUUCUAUAUCAAUGGUAUUAUUUAGAGAGUCUAUUCUUAAAUAUGCAAAAGCUCAUAAAGAUAAGUUAAUUAAUCCUAUGGACAAGUUAUGUGUUGAAUCAUUAUUUGAAAUAUUACGAAAAGAAUCCAUUUUUGAAAUUAAAAAUGAUGAUACAAUAGUUAUAAAAGGUGAGUUUAUAGAACAGACAUUUAAUAUUUUUGGCAAUGGUAAUCAACAAAUCAUUAAUUCUAUAGAAGGAAAUUCAUGGAGAAGAUGUUCUUUGACGUUAUUACCUUUGUUAACCACUAAUACAAAAAUAUGUCCAGCUAGUAACCAAAGAAUAAUAAAUAUAAAAAAGGAUAUACAAAAUGAUUAUGGCUGGUUCACUCGGACUUUGCUAGAAUUUUUCAAUGAUAAAAGCCCGUACACAGGUGGUAAGUUUAGUGAAAGUACAUAA